CAUGGUUUUAUUAUGGUGUUCAAUGUGUGGCGCAGAAAUAUUUCAUUUUCCUACGUCUACUGGAUAUUCAACCGAGUAGACAAAAAGCGUAUAAACGAAGUGGGAAGAGAUAUAGCAUGUGCCGAGUGGCUUCUUAGGAACAGUGCCUACGUCAGGUUCAAAGGGAGGCCCAAACUGGUGACAGGGUAUUACGAGAUACCGACUGGAAGGGACCUGAGGUUGUCUGAGAUCCAUGCAGUCAAUUCAGGAAUCACUAUUGAUGGAUUUCCGUACUUGAAAGGCCUGGAAGCCGUGGAAAAGAUAUUUUUGAUCAAUUCGAAAAUGAUUGACAACAACUGUAUUGACUCUCUCAAAUUCAUAUCAGCAUCUCUAAAACACGUGGAGAUUGAGAGAUGCCCUGACGUAACUUCAAAAGGAGUGCUAUCGCUAGCUCGACUGAAGAACCUCAAAUACCUCCGUCUUCAUAAAUUGGAAGGAGUUACAAGCGAAGAGUGGACUCAGUUGAAAGACAAUUCGAAAAAAGUGUUUCCGAAUGUUGAGACAGUUUUUGAUGCUGCGAAGCACAUUGAAGCGGAAAAUGCUCUUCCUCCUCCUGGAACUUAAAUCACUUUUCGUCAUAAUUUUUGUGGCAUAUUCAAGAAUGAUGUUUAAUAAAAUUGGCCGAGACACAGAUGAUUGAAAUUUUUGAUUUA